AUGGCGAGAGCGAGCCCGUACCCCAGGCAAGCGCAGGAAGUCUCUGACGAGCUCCUUCUCUUAGCGACUCUUAGGGGUACACAGGAACGUCUGCCCGGUCUCGCCCACACCAGGAGAUUACCAACGUGUCCUCAAAAUCGGGGCUCUUCUUAUCUCAAUCUGGACACUCGCGGCCAGACCCUUUAUCUGAACACGGAGAUGAUCAUGGAAUGGCACGACCACUACCUCGAAUGGGAGCCGGACCUCUACAACGGGACGAGUGUCAUAAGAGUGCCAUAUCAUGAAAUCUGGUACCCCGACGUCAUCCUGUACAAUACCGCCGACCCAAAUUACCAACGGAGCAUCAUUAGCACCAACGCCAUCGUCAAGAGCACGGGCCAAGUGAAGCUCCUGUCUCAUGCUAUGUUCCUGUCCUCGUGUGACAUUGACACCACGUGGUAUCCGUUCGACCAACAGGACUGCACGCUCUACCUCUCCUCCUGGACGUACGAUUCUAGCAAGGUCGGUGUCAGCGCGAUGUUCUGCGGUAUUCCGCUCUCUGGCUUGAGAGGUUUCGACGAAGAUCUGUGA